GGCCAAUGUUAAGUGAGCACACGUCAUUCACCCCUUACCAAAAAUUAACAUAGACCGUCCAAAACAAUUUGGCCGACAAAAAUGCAACAAUUCAUCGGUCGAAAUGGAAACCGUUAGCUACGUCAAAAUAGCCUAGUAAAUCUGUGUAUCGUGAGGUCCUGGUGAAGAUUAACGACAGAUUGCCUCUUUUCAGUGCAGCGCUACAUCAUUGAAAAUGGUCUCUUGCUAAGCAGCUAACUGGCUAGCUGGCUAGUUGGCUGAGACGAAAACAGCACGCAGAGAAUGGCAGAUGAGCGAGUGGGUGAGGGGGGAGCACAACAGGCCUCGUUCAUCUCGCCCUGGCUCAAAAUUGGACACAUAGAAUUUGCCAACUGCAUGAUUGAACGAGGCAUUCAGAAGAUGUAAUAAUUAUUCGAAAUCCCUCUCUCCCCCUCUUGGUUGACUGUCUCACGUUCCAAGCUGCGAAUCGACUUCCUUUUUGCUAUCGAAGAUUCUUCGUUUCAUGAAGUGAGGGACAACGUGAGGGGGAAAGUGUGGAAAUCCACAGUCUUUUGGGAUUGGGGAACAUGCAAUAGAAGUGAAAACAUUUUUAAACUGAUAUAAUAUCCUGGCAGAUCCUAAUCUACACCUGUCAACAUCACACUACUUUAAAGCAAACAGUGCUGAAUUCUAUAUUAUGUGAUUAUAAAUGUGCUGCAUAAUUGAAGAUUUACCUGAGAAGGUGGUCCACAUAAAAUUAUUAAAAAUUGUCCUGCUCAACAUCUAAAAAGGGACCUCGGCACAUUAAAGCAUGAAAUGCUAAGUGUCAUGCAAAAGACUUUCUUAAGAAGAAAUAGUCAACGUGCAAUUUCCAUGCAUGGACAAAUCAGAGAUGCACAGCAAAGCUGUGAUACCUUGUCAGGCAAACACUUUGAUUACACAUUGCCAAUAUAGAUUGUGAUGUGAUACUUCUGAAGCACUUAAAAAGGACUGUUAUACAUGUCCAACAAAAUAAUGGUAUUUAAUUGAAAAAAAAAAACUGAUAAUACAAGAAACAAAUUAAGUAUCACUUCCUCACUUAAACCAUCUUUCCCUGCCUCUCUUGAAAAGAGGGUAGGUCAAAAGUGAAGAAUUGUCAUUUGUUCUGAAGAUUUUGUUGAAAUGUUCAAAUCAGAAGCUUUUUGCAGCAGUUAAAGCAGCAUUUUCUUGAAGUGAGAUUGCUCCAGCUGUAAAUCUGUUUUGUGGGUGGAGUCCUUGUCGCCGCUCCAGGAGCUGGUGGUGUGCCUUUUGCACCUCCAUGUCCCCGUGAGUGGGAGAUGUUCCAGUUUGGAAAAUACAACUUGGACAUCAUAGAGAUGCUGAGUGGACACCAGGCUCAUCAGUUCAAAGGCCUUGGAUUAGAGCGACAGCUACAGCAUCAACAGCAAGUACAACUUCAUCAGCACCAGCUACAGCAACAGCAACAGCAGCAGGCAGAAUCAUCCGGAGCACUUCUGUCAGGACUGGGCCUGGGACCUCUUCAGGGGUCCCGGAGCAACGCCUUCACUGAUUCCACGUCCAUUUUUGCCAAAAUGAGUGCCCCUCCCCCACCUUUGCAACAACAGUCUCUGUCUUCAUCCUCGCAAAGUUCUCGAAAAUCUAGCAAAAUGUCUGGUAGUAGCAGCAGUGGAUACCCUCAGUUUUUACGAUCAUUUCACCCAUCUGAUGCAGCUCUUGCCCAGGAGCAACUGCAUCCUGGAGUGGGUCGCUUUGAACACUUUGGAGGCAGUGGCAGCAGUGGAAGUGUUGGCGGGCUCGGAGGAUUGGUGUCUUCCGGACCCCCACCCCCUCCCCCAUUGCAUCCUGGACUCUCUGUUCCCCAAGCGUCACCAGGGCCAUCUUCUUCUUCUCCAUCUCCGUCAAGCUCAGUAGCAACCUCCAACAACCCCCCCAGCAGCAGUGCAGUCACAUCUUUAGGGCACCAGUUGGUCGGAGCCCAGUCUGACGCCCGCAGCCUUCAUCAGCAGUUCAGCUGUAUGCUAGCCGCCAAUCAAUACUUUCUCUCUGGUGUUCCAGCAAAUGCCAGCUUGGAGCAGUUCUUGGUACAACAAGGCAGCCAUAACCAUCUUGGUCUUGCUGGUGAUUCAGGCUCUGGCCUCGCACCUCCUCCUGCUCUUCAUUCCUCACAUUCUCACUCCACCCCUCCACAGCAGCAGCAGCCGCCCCAACAGCAGCAGUUGCCCCCUCAUACUCUGUCACACCCUCACUCCCACCCCCAUCACCCUCUUCAUUCAAGCUCCCAGCCUUCAUCACUAGGUAGUUUUGACUUUCAAGGUAUCCCAGUCCUGUCCUCAAACCAGCUAGCUUCUCUCAUGCAGCAAGAAGCAGGUCUUCCUCUCCCAUUGCCUCUUCAUCUCUCUCUCUCCAAGGACGAUGGAAAAGGGGACAGUGGGGGAGGGAGUGGACAUAGUGGUGGAGGUAGGAGAAAGAAAGCUAUGGCAGGAUACAUGCCACAAAGAAAAUCUGAAAGCAGCAACAACAAUAGCAGCAGUAACAGCCACGGUGCUUCAAAUCCUAAUUCAAGUAGUACUGGUUCCGGCGGACUCAGUCAGAGCUCAUCUUCAGGCCUUGUGGGUGGAGGUGGAGGAAUUGGGAUGUCAGGUCAUGGGCAGCCCCCCUCUCUCCUUUCUUCCUCGUCAUCGUCUGUGGUGUCAUCGUCUUCCUCUUCCGCACCCUCAUCAACCUCAGCAUCUGUGUUGGUGACGAAUGGCUCACACCUUUCCAAGCCUAACAGUCAUGGAACCAUGGGGCCUCCUCCUCAGCCUGAACCUGAGCCCAUCUACCAUUGCGGUGAAUGUGGCAAAACUUUUACACAUCUUUCAAGCCUGCGAAGACAUCUGCGCUGUCAUGAAUUGACCACUGCAGGAACAGCCGGCACCAGAAGUAAUAAUCCGAACCCUGUACAGCACCCUGCCGAACGGAGUGUUCCGCACUCAAGUCAGCCAUCAAGUUCAGCUGCUGCCGCCGCCGCUGCUGCUGCCGCUGCCGCCGCCGCUGCCUCAUCCUCCUGCCCAAGUCCUGACAAGACUUUCCACUGCUCCGAGUGUGGGAAAGGAUUCAAGAAAAAGGGGCAUCUCAUUCAGCAUGGCGUCAUACAUUCAGGAGCAAAGCCGUUCGCCUGCUCCACUUGCACUCGUGCUUUCAACCGCCGAGAGUCUCUGACACGCCACGAGAAGAUCCAUGAAGAGAAACCGUUUCGCUGCCCCGCAUGCGGACGCUGUUUCCGAGAGAGCACCUCUCUGUUGAACCACGCCGCCUCUGGCACGUGUGGAAAACCAGGGAGGCCUGCCAGACCACGGAGUCCUGGAAUCGGCGGUGCCAUGGGUGGUAAAAGCAGUAAGAGUGGCACAGCCAUUGACGGAGGGAUGGGUAUCAGUGGUGUAGGUUCUUACAGGAGUGAUGGUUACAGUGAUGACUACAAAGAUCAGCGUUCACAAAGCCACCCAUAUUCUGGGCCUUCCUCCUGUGGUAGUGGAAUGAGUGGACCUGCACUGAGGAAGGCACCUCUAGCACCAACUCUCCAUCCACAUCCUCAGAGCCAACAGCAACAUCAUCACCAACAGCCACACCUUCCCCUCUCCUCCCUUCUGGAUGACUCUGAAGAUGAUGUUACAAGUUCAGUCAAUAAUGCUAUAUCUGCGAUUACUGCUGCUGCUGCCAACUGCAUGAGCAACGAUAUGAAUAGUGGUGGGAAUCGAGGAGAUGACCGUAGAGACAUAAUUGGAGGGUUGUUGGGUGGCCUUGGUUUGGGACCCCUUGGGGUCUCACCAGGUGGUCCAUCAUCCACCUCAGGCAUAGAUAAGUCGUAUAGGGGAGGCGGUAACCCAGGAAGCAUGGGUGGUAUGGGCCCAAAUCAGCAGAAUCCAGGUGGCAAGCCCAAACGUCCACGGAAGCCUCGCAAGAAGAAAGAGCCCGGACCAGGUGGCGAGGUCAUCAAGAGAAGACAGCCUUCCCACAGGGGAAUCAAUGGCAAUGAGCGCCCAUAUCUGUGCAGUGUCUGUGGUCGAGGGUUUGCCAGGCGUGAGACGCUACGCAGACAUGAUCGCAUACAUACUGGUGAGAAGCCUCACCACUGCACUGUCUGUGGUAAAUAUUUUAGAGAAGCCUUCCAUCUCUCCAAACACCACACAGUUCACUCUGGGGAGAAGAAUUACAAAUGUGGUCUUUGUGGUAAAGAUUUUGGCUAUGCGCAGAGCCUUAAAAGACAUGCUAAGCUGCACCAAAAAGGGGAGCUGGAAGAGGUUCCCACAACUCCAGGUGGAGAGAACCUGAACAACUACACAACAAAUUCUGGGGGCAUGAGUCAAGAUAGGGGUCAAGGGAGCUCUUCAUAUUAUUCAUAUUCUCAAGAUGUUAAGCCUCAAGGGUCUAGCAGUCAGCCUCCCCCCAGAUUGUACACGUGUGCGAUAUGUUGGAAAUCUUUCCGUCAUCAUUUUCAUCUUACUGCUCAUCAUCAAACAGUUCAUGAAACUGGGGGAGAAAAGCUUUUUUCCUGUGAGGUGUGUGGAAAGGCCUUUGCAUAUUCCAACAGCCUCACAAGGCACAGGCUUUCCCAGCAUGGUUUGUCACGCACAGGCCAAUCAAAUUCACAAGGUGAUACUAGUGGCCCUGGGGCCAGUAAUAGUGUAAGUGUUAAUGUAUCUGAGAGUGAGGCUGCUACAAAUGCCUUGCUGCAGCUUGCUCCCCCUGGUGGAGCUCAUGGGGAACAGCAGUCACACGGUGGCGUUCUCCAUAGUCAUCAACCACCGCCCCCACAACCACAAGCGGGUUAUUCCCCUUUGUUCUAUGUCCCAGAUACAAACACAUCUCACCCCUCAUCUUCCAAUGCCUCCCCGUAUUCUCACCCACUCUCCUCCAGUUCCAGCAUACCGCCCCUCAGCCAUCAACAGUCGCCAACAGGUGUGAAGGGGGAGCCUCUCUACCAGCCAGGUACGGGUCACACAAUGAACACCAAUCCUUCUGGGCAUCCCUCUUUUGGGAUGUCCCCAAAUGAACCCCACCCUCUCCAUCACCUUCACCACCAUCAGCACCAUUCAGAUGAGCUUCAGUCCCAUCAUCAGCACCAUCAGAGCUUUCACUCAAAGAUGACCUGAGGAAAAAAAAAAAA